AUGAAUAGCAAAAUAACGAAAAACAUAGAAAACCAAAUAUUAGAAGCAUUAAAAGAUAAGGAGAAUGAAAUAGACUUAGAAUUAAGAAAAUAUGAAACACUGGAGAGAAAGGUAUAUGAUGAAAAGGAUGAAGAAUUAGAAUAUAUAAAAAAUAAAAGACUACAAGAAUUAAAAAGUAAACACAAUGAAAAUAUGAAUUUGUUAAGAAAAGGACAUGGAGUAUAUAAAGAAAUUUUAUCCGAAAAAGAAUUUUUUGAUAAUUGUAAAAAUUCUAAAAAUGUAUGUUGUCAUUUUUAUAGAAAUACAACAUGGAGGUGUGAAUAUUUAGACAGUAAAUUAAUUAGCUUAUCCAAAAAAUUUUUAAAUAUUAAUUUUAUUAAGAUAAAUGCUGAGAAAUCUCCUUUUUUAUGUGAGAAGUUAAAAAUUUGGUGUAUACCUACUUUAAUGUUAAUACAGAAUGGAAGGACUGAGCAUUCUAUAAUUGGUUUUGAUGAAUUAGGGGGAGAUAAUUUUCCUGAGCAAGCACUCAUUAAUGUUUUAAAAAAAUGGAAAUUAAUUGACACGAAGGAAGCAGAGGAAUAA